AUGGAAUUAAUGCCUUAAUUAUAAGAAAUUCAAAAAGAGUUGCAAUAUUAUACUAGAUUCUUUUCAGAAAAUAAGCUCUAUCAUUCUAGUAAGUGGACAGGAGAGUUAUUAUUAGGAUUGACUUAAGAAGAAGAUUUAUAAUCAUCUUAAUUUGCAAUGUAAUUUAUCCAAAAAAAUACAGAUUACAAUUAUCAUUUUAUAAGAGAAUUUGUUCCUGAAUAUAAUGAUAUUAUUUUAGUAGCUAGAAAUCUAUAUGAUUUAAGAGAAUAUAAGAAAUGUGCAUCUUUAUUAUAAAAUUUAAUACAUAAAAAUGAAUCAGCAAUGUUCCUUUAUUAUUACUCUCAAUAUAUGCAUGGAGAGUUGAGAAAGGAAGAAGAAAUGUUUGAAAAUGAAAAUUCAAAAACAGCCAUAAAUCCAGAGCUUAAAUUAUUGGAAAGGGAAUUAUCUAAAUUAUACAAUUAAAAGUAAUUAAACUCAUUAAAUCUUUAUUUGUAUGGAUUAAUAUUAAAAGAUACAAUGAGAUUAAGAGAAGCAAGAGAAGUUUUUAUUUAAGUUUUACAUUAAUUACCAUGUUUUUGGAGUGUUUGGUUGGAAUUAUGUAAAUUGUUAACAGAAGAAGAUACUUUAGAUGAAUUACCAAAUCAUUGGAUGAAAUAAUUUUGGAGUUCAAACUUUAAUCUAGAAAAAUUUAAAAAUGCAAAUUGUGUAGAAUAAUUUUAAACUUUACUUUAUUAUUUUAGAAAUUCAAAUUUUAUAAUAAAUUAAAUUGCAAAUGCAUAUUAUAAUAAUCAAGAAUUUGAAUUAUCACUUGAAUGGUUUGAAAGAUUAUUGAGUAUUGAUCCAUAUAGAUUUGAAAGUCUAGAUACAUAUUCAAAUAUAUUGUAUAUAAAAGAAAAUUAAGGUGAAUUAGCAAAUUUAGCAUUAUAAUCAUUUACUAAUAAUAAAUAUGUACCAGAAACUUGUUGUGUUGUAGGUAAUUAUUAUUCUUUAAUGAAUGAACAUGCAAAAGCUAUUAAUUACUUUUAAAGAGCUCUUAAAUUAGAUAAAGAUUGUUUGGCAGCAUGGACACUUAUGGGACAUGAAUAUUUAGAAAUGAAAAAUGUUGCAUCUGCAAUUUAAUCAUAUAGAAAUGCAGUAGAAAUUGAUCCUAAAGAUUUUAGAGCAUGGUAUGGUUUGGGAUAAACAUAUGCCUUAUAAGGAAUGAAUUAAUAUGCUUUAUAUUAUUUUAGUAGAGCUGUUAUAAGUAGACCUAAAGAUGCAAGAAUGUGGAAUGCUAUGGCAGAAUGUUAUGAUAAGAUGGAUAAGAAAAAUGAAUCAAUGAAAUGUUAUGAAAGGGCAAAUUAAUGUAAAGAUAAAGAGGGUAUUGCUAUUCAUCAAUUAGCUAAAUUGUAUGAUGCAGUGGUAAGCAUUUAAAUUUCUUAUGGAUUAGGGUAAAACAGAAAUGGCAUUGUCAGCAUUUGAAGAGAGUUUGAGAAGGAAAGAUGAUGAAUAAAUAGUUGAUAAAGAAUUAUCAGAAUCUUUAGUGUAUUUGGCAAGAGCUUUUUUGAGAAGGGGAGAUAAAGAGAGAGCUAUGUAGAUGGCUAAAAGAUUAUAUGAUUUUAAUGGACCAGAAAGAGACGAAGCCAAUUUAAUAAUGAGUUAGUUAAAUAAAUGA